CACAGGGAACACGACGAGAUGGCGACCUCUCUGCUGCGGUUAGGACGUCUGAGCUCUCUCAAGUGUCUGCGGUUGGAGAGCGUCCUCAGGACUCGCUCGGCCGCUGCGUUCUGCACUCAGACCGAAGAACCAACGAAGAAGACUGCGGGUGCGAGCAAGAAGGCUGCAGCAGCGGCGGCACCUCCAGAGCCCGAGGAGCCUUUUGACAACAGCACUUAUAAAAAUAACGAGCACCACGGCUACAACCCGUAUACGUUUGCAGACCUGGAUCUAGAGAUGGCCAAGCACCGCCUCCCUCAGCCGUCCUCUGGCAGACCCUCGCCCCAACACUAGCGGAGCUGCAAAUCCUUUAUUCUAAACGUGCUGUUUGUGUUGUGUCCCUCUUACUGUAUGAUCAACCCUCCCUCCUGCUUCCCCCCACCUGUCAGAUCUGCAUGACAUCCAGAUGUUUCAAAAAAGAAGUUAUAUUAUUAAAGAACACAAAUGAGAAUUGAA